AUGUCGUACGCUGUAACAGGUGCAACUGGUCAUGUCGGUUCUGCCGUCGUCGAUUAUCUUCUUGCUCAAUCGCUUCCUGUUCGUGCUGUCAUUCGCUCUGAAAACAAAGCAGAAUCCUUUCGAUCACGACAUGUCGAAGUGGCCAUUGCCGAUUUAAUCGACGCCGAGGCAUUGACCAAAGCGUUUCAAGGAGCAAAAGCAGUUUUUGCUAUGAAUCCUACUGCUCUUACCGAUCCGGAUUUACAAGCUGCCGCAGUUAAGGUUAGUGAUGCUCUGGCAUCGGCGAUUAAAGCAGCCAAAGUGGAACGCGUAGUUGUUUUGAGUUCUGAAGGCGCCGAUAAAAGUUCAAAAACGGGAAAUAUUCUGACAGCUCAUACACUAGAAGAAGCAUUGAAGGGAACUGCUCCUCAAGUAGUGAUGGUUCGAUGUGCUUCGUUUAUGGAGAAUUGGAACAAUACCAUCUCGGCAGUCAAAUCAGGUCAGUCAUCGGUUCUUGAUUCAAUGUUUCAAAAAUUAGAUCGAAAAAUUCCCCAUGUCGCUACAAACGAUAUUGGUCGUGUUGUUGCUGAGUAUAUGACCAAACCUAAUAGCGAAGUUGAUAAAUUGGUCAUUAUCGAACUCGAAGGACCUGAAGAUUAUAGUCCAAAUGACGUGGCCAAGGUGAUCAGUGAUGCAUUAGGGAAGACUGUUCCAGCAGCUGUCAUGACCGAAGAGAUGAUCCGCGGUCUUUUCAACAAAUUAGGCUUCCCAAAAACAACGGUGGAUAAUUAUAUCGAAAUGUUUCAAGGAUUUGACAAUAAUACCAUUUGUUGGACAACAGGUGAAAAUGUCAUUCGAAUCAAAGGAAAACUCACUUUCGCUGAUGUUCUCAAUAAAAAUUAA